UGGCGCACAUUCCUAACUUUCAUUGCUUGUAGUUUGCAUUCUCCGAUAUUUUAGCGGAGGAUGACGACCUGUAUCAAAGUUAUAUGAUGAGAAUAAGAAGUAGAAUUCUUUUGUUGAGCAACAUACCUCGUUCUGUGCCUAGAAUCAAAGGGUACAGGGAUGUCAUUGCUGAAAUGACAGAAACCGAUUUUCUAGAACACUUCCGGGUUAGUAGGCAUGUGUUUGAACAGCUACUGGAUUGUGUGACUCCACACAUAAUUUCCAAUUACGUUGGUGGAAACGAGCCAUUACCACCAGACCAGCAACUUUCCAUUUUCAUAUGGUACAUUGCAAACCAAGAAUCCAUGAGGGAGGUCUCGCAAGUGUUUGGCGUUUCAAUGUCCACUGUGCAUAGUGUCGUACAGAAAUUGUGUGAUGUUAUAUUACGCCUGAGGAAUCGUUUAAUACGAUGGCCUAAUGAGCAACAAAGACAAGAUAUUGCACAAGCUGUUCAGGGGACAUCAGGCUUUCCAGGAGUGAUAGGAUACCUGGAUGGUACUCACAUCAGACUCUCUGCUCCGAUUGGAGGUGACCGGGAUUAUUACAACAGAAAAGGAUUUCCUUCCAUGCAGCUGCAGGCACAUGUUCAUUAUAUUAGAAUGGUUAAAAUAAUCACUUGCCAUUUAACAAGGCCACUGUGAUCACUACGAAGUGUCAGUGGAUUACAUCAGGUUUCAUCACACGAUUGCCCAAUUGGGGGAAGGAUGGAACUCUGCCUCUUAACACAAUCCCCAAACACUCGUUUUGUGUUGACCACUUUUAUAAUGUACCUCGAUUACAGAAAAGAUUUUGUAUAUGCAUGUAUGAUCAAUGUUUUUGUUACAUUUAGUGUAAAUGAAAUAAAAAAUACAAAUAUUUCAAAUAGUUUAAUCCACCAAUGAACAUAAAUAGUAAGGUGUUAAAUGCACCACCAAGGACACG